UGGCGGCUAUGGGGGCGCGUGCUGGCUCCCGGUGCCCGGCCAGCGGCGGCUCGGAGCGCCUUGCCCCGGGGCUGUAGGGAGCCGCCGUGGAUCGGUCACUCGCCGAAGACCUCCGGGACCCGCUCGUCUUGGCCUCCCGCUCGCCGUGCCUCUCCCGGGCGCCCGGGGCGUGGAAGAGGAGCCGGACUCCGAGCGGGGCGAGGAGCAUGGGGAGAGCGGCUGCCGCAGGAGGAGGCGCUGGAGGGGCGCGCGUGUGGCUCCCGUGGCUGGGGCUCUGCUUCUGGGCGGCGGGGGCUGCGGCUGCGGCUGCCCGAGGAACUGACAAUGGCGAAGCCCUCCCUGAGUCCAUCCCCUCAGCUCCUGGGACGCUGCCUCAUUUCAUAGAGGAGCCAGAUGAUGCUUAUAUCAUCAAGAGCAACCCCAUUGCACUGAGGUGCAAAGCGAGGCCAGCCAUGCAGAUAUUCUUCAAAUGCAAUGGCGAGUGGGUCCACCAAAAUGAGCAUGUUUCCGAGGAGAGUCUGGAUGAGAGUUCAGGCCUGAAGGUCCGGGAGGUGUUUAUCAACGUCACCAGGCAGCAGGUAGAGGACUUCCACGGGCCCGAGGACUACUGGUGCCAGUGUGUGGCGUGGAGCCACCUGGGGACCUCCAAAAGCAGGAAGGCCUCCGUGCGCAUAGCUUAUUUACGGAAAAACUUUGAGCAAGAUCCACAGGGAAGGGAGGUUCCCAUCGAAGGCAUGAUAGUGCUGCAUUGCCGACCGCCCGAGGGAGUCCCUGCGGCUGAGGUGGAAUGGCUGAAAAAUGAGGAGCCCAUCGACUCUGAGCAGGACGAGAACAUUGACACCAGGGCCGACCACAACCUCAUUAUCCGGCAGGCGCGGCUCUCAGACUCGGGCAAUUACACCUGCAUGGCAGCCAACAUCGUGGCCAAGAGGAGGAGCCUGUCAGCCACAGUGGUGGUUUAUGUGAAUGGAGGCUGGUCUUCCUGGACAGAGUGGUCAGCCUGCAAUGUUCGCUGUGGUAGAGGAUGGCAGAAACGUUCCCGGACCUGCACCAACCCAGCUCCUCUCAAUGGUGGGGCCUUUUGUGAGGGAAUGUCAGUGCAGAAAAUAACCUGCACUUCUCUUUGUCCUGUGGACGGGAGCUGGGAAGUGUGGAGCGAAUGGUCAGUCUGCAGCCCGGAGUGCGAGCAUCUGCGGAUGCGGGAGUGCACGGCCCCACCCCCGAGGAACGGGGGCAAGUUCUGUGAAGGGCUAAGCCAGGAAUCUGAAAACUGUACAGAUGGUCUCUGCAUUCUAGAUAAAAAACCUCUUCAUGAAAUAAAACCCCAAAGAUGGAGUAGGAGAGGCAUUGAGAACGCCAGCGACAUUGCUCUGUACUCGGGCUUGGGCGCUGCCGUGGUGGCCGUUGCAGUCCUGGUCAUCGGCGUCACCCUUUAUAGACGGAGCCAGAGUGACUAUGGCGUGGACGUCAUUGACUCUUCUGCAUUGACAGGUGGCUUCCAGACCUUCAACUUCAAAACGGUCCGUCAAGGUCAGCGGCGUAGGUCCCCCCAACAUCUCGUCCUCAGGACCAUAGAGACUACGCUCACACAGGACCCCCAGUGCUCUCCGGCCCUGUGUGAAGGUAACUCCCUGCUCCUGAAUUCCUCCAUGCAACCAGACCUCACGGUCAGCCGAACAUACAGCGGGCCCAUCUGCCUCCAGGACCCUCUGGACAAGGAACUCAUGACAGAGUCCUCACUCUUCAACCCUUUGUCCGACAUCAAAGUCAAAGUCCAGAGCUCAUUCAUGGUGUCCCUGGGCGUGUCUGAGAGAGCUGAGUACCACGGCAAGAAUCAUUCCGGGACUUUUCCCCACGGAAACAACCGCAGCUUUAGUACAAUACAUCCCAGAAAUAAAACACCCUACAUCCAGAAUCUCUCAUCACUCCCCACAAGGACAGAACUGAGGACCACUGGGGUCUUUGGCCACUUAGGAGGACGCUUGGUCAUGCCAAAUACAGGGGUGAGUUUGCUCAUACCGCAUGGCGCCAUCCCAGAAGAGAAUUCUUGGGAGAUCUAUAUGUCCAUCAACCAAGGUGAACCCAGCCUCCAGUCCGACGGGUCCGAGGUGCUCCUGAGUCCUGAAGUAACCUGUGGCCCCCCAGACAUGACCGUCACCACUCCCUUUGCAUUGACCAUACCACACUGUGCGGACGUCAGCUCUGAGCACUGGAACAUCCAUUUAAAGAAGAGGACGCAGCAGGGCAAGUGGGAGGAAGUGAUGUCAGUGGAGGAUGAAUCUACGUCCUGUUACUGCCUUUUGGACCCCUUUGCAUGUCACGUGCUCCUCGACAGCUUCGGGACAUAUGCCCUCACUGGAGAACCAGUCACAGACUGUGCCGUGAAGCAGCUCAAGGUGGCGGUUUUCGGCUGCAUGUCCUGUAACUCUCUGGAUUACAACCUGAGAGUCUACUGUGUGGACAAUACGCCUUGGGCAUUUCAGGAAGUGGUUUCAGAUGAAAGGCACCAAGGUGGACAGCUACUGGAAGAGCCAAAGUUGCUGCAUUUCAAAGGGAACACCUUCAGUCUUCAGAUCUCCGUCCUUGAUAUCCCCCCAUUCCUCUGGAGAAUUAAACCAUUCACUGCAUGCCAGGAAGUCCCAUUUGCCCGCGUGUGGUGCAGUAACAGGCAGCCCCUGCACUGUGCCUUCUCCCUGGAGCGCUACACGCCCACCACCACCCAGCUGUCCUGCAAAAUCUGCAUCCGGCAGCUCAAAGGCCAUGAACAGAUCCUCCAAGUGCAGACAUCCAUCCUGGAGAGUGAAAGAGAAACCAUCACGUUCUUUGCACAAGAGGAUAGCACUUUCCCUGCACAGACUGGCCCCAAAGCCUUCAAAAUCCCUUACUCCAUCAGACAGCGGAUUUGUGCCACCUUCGAUACCCCCAAUGCCAAAGGCAAGGACUGGCAGAUGUUAGCACAGAAAAACAGCAUCAACAGGAAUUUGUCUUAUUUUGCUACACAAAGUAGUCCAUCUGCUGUCAUUCUGAACCUGUGGGAAGCUCGUCAUCAGCACGAUGGUAACCUUGACUCCCUGGCCUGUGCCCUUGAAGAGAUCGGGAGGACACACACGAAACUCUCAAACAUUACGGAAUCCCAGCUCGAUGAAGCCGACUUCAACUACAGCAGGCAAAACGGACUCUAGUCCGCGAUCGCUCACGAUACAGUGACGGCCAGCUUCGGGACGUUUGCUUUAAAUGGGAAAGAGGCAGCUUUCUGCCCAGUGGCAUUUGGAAAAUUCAGCCUUCAUUUACAAUCAGUGCGAAUCCCUGGUUGCAGAAACUGAAUUUUAUAUAGGUAUGAUAUGUUCAUAGGGAAAAGGAAAAGCUCUCUUAAAUAUAAGAAGGCUCUGCUGUCUCGUCUGAAUCCACACUCGGGUUAACACUUGAUGAACUUUCUCAGCUUUGGAGUGGGGAGGAUAAAAGCGAGGGCGUAGCUAGAGAAAAGUAACUGGGGGGGGGGGGAAGAUGAGCUACGAUUAAGCCAGGAAGACAGAGCUUGAAUCGUGCAUGUUUUGAAACAGGUUUUUAAUGAGGUGCCCCAAAGGGCCAGCUGAUCCUGGUACCAGAUUGUCAGCUUUGUCUACCAACUGGCAUCCGUGAUGUCAGCAAUCACUGUAAAACCGGCUUUGCGAAGGGAGACGGGGUUGCCAACCCAUUUGUAGGACUUUGGUAAUGUCAAGGAGAGCGUUUAGAAUCUAGACUCCGAGUCCAUCACACCAGCACCGAUUCCCCAUUUCUCCUAGCCACUUCACGGAAACGAGAGGAGAAGGUAAGAUGGACCACAAACUGGUUCUUGCCGUGUACGCCACCUUCAUUUUCUCCCUGAGACAAAUCUACCCACCUUCUUUAUCCCCCUUCCUUACCCGGUUUCAGAGCAUAAUUAAACUUCUCAAUAUGGAAAUUUACUUUUUGUAAUUUGACAAAACAGAACCCUCUGUUCCCAGCUAAACCACUCGAAUUGCAGAGUGCAAUUAGAACAUAGCUCGACGUGUGUUUGGAAGGGGGUGGUCAAAUCAAGCCCAGGGAAAGAUAGGGGCUGCAGUUGCCACAGGGCUCAGAUAAGCUGUAAUUCUAGGUUGGAGGGAUUGACCCAGUCUCUAAACGUUGUAAGGGGAUGAGGGGUUCUGCUGUACUCUUCAAUUCAGGUUCUUAAAACUUUCUAGCCUCUUGGUACUAUGUUAUCACAAAAUCUCUCCGUAGGGCUAUAGGGCAUCCUCCUUUUGCCUCUUGGAAAAUUAGCAGACAGUCUUUGGUCUAAAUGAUAGGAGUAAAUAGAUGUGAGGAAUAGGUCUACCACAGCGUCGCAGAAACACAUGGAUUGUUCAGGAAGCUUUCAAGCUCUGAUUACUCAACCUCGCCCAGUAUGCUUUCUCUACAGGACCAUGAACAUAGGACUAUUGCUUUAAGAUUCUAUUUUUUAAAAAAGGCAAUGAUAUUGUGGAGAACUGAAGUCCACAGAGAAUUCGUGAACCCCAUCUUAACAUUUUAGUCCAUCUUUUAUCCUAUUAAAUCAUUUUUGACAAGAUGUCCUGAUAGACUAAAGAUGAACAGAUCUGUUCCUCAUCUUCCAGUGGAUAUUUUAAUUAGCUGUGCACAAUCAGGACAAGCAAGGUCGAGGACCUAGAUUAACUACAAGGCCGAGCAGCUACUUAGAGGUGGGCUACAUUAGAAUAAAAUAUAGUCAGGGAUGGCGGAGUUGGGGAGUACUUGGCAAUGGGGAUAUGGUCAAUUUUUUUAAAAAAUGUGUUUGUAAGUCCUGUUUAAAAAUAAAUGUAAGUCUCCACCAAAGUAAAAAAGACCUAGAAAUAGGUGGAAUUUAUGAUACCAUGGGUAAGGCAUUAAGAACUCCUGAAUGUGUUAGCCAUUUUCUCUAACGUGUGGUAUAUAUGGUCCCCUGUAUUGGAUGGAAGGCUUUGCUACAUGAAAUUCAAAAGCAUCUUGCUUUUCUCAGGAACCAAAGGCAUAUUAUAUAGAACAAACAGAUCCUCUUAGAACUGCUGAGCACAUUUUCAAAAUACCAUCUUUAGAUCACUCUAGAUCAGGAAAAGACUUCUUUUGCUAACGUCUCUACUUGUUUAUUCCUUCUGGGGAAUAAGGAAGAGAAGGCAUGAGAGGGUAAAUCAUCUGACACCCUUGAUAACACUUCUGGAAGAGCAAGGAGUUGAAGCAUAUGGUUAGUCACCCAAAAUAAACUAGACAGUUGAUUGGCCCGGUGAUAUACAGACAGCAUGUGGAUUGACUGCUUAAUAAUAACUUGUAGAAACAUUAUAGAGCACUUUUGUCAGUUUCCAUCUUGGAUUUUUGUUUUAAAACCAUCCUACCCUUUUUUCCUCUUCCCUUCUAAUUGGCCUUAUCAUUGCGUAAUAUAUUCCGUGAAUCCACGCAGAUCCUUUUUAGAUCUGAUACAUUUUUUUUAUAUUUUAAAUGGAAUAUUUUAAUUUUUUCCCUAGAAUCUAGAUUAUUUUAAGAUAAGAGAUUACCAUCAAUCCCUCAACAUCUAGAAUUUCCUUCCGUGGACUUUUUUUUUUUUUUUUUUUUUGAGCUGGGUUUUUGUAAAUGCAUGUGGGCAUCGUACCAUAUUGAACAACAAAGGAAGCAAAUUAAUAGGAUUCACCUCUGACUUCAGCCUAAGGUUCAAAUCCACUUUCCAUCCAUUUUGCUCCCUCUUUUCAUUUCUCUUACUUAUUUCUGCUAGAAUUCUACAUGGAGUUCUACAGAAAUGUAUGAAAUUCUGUGGCCGUUGCAUGUCAAGACCGUAUUUCAAUAGAAUUCCAAAGAGAACCCAUGUUUGUGAGAUGUACAGAUACGGUUGGGGGGUAGGGGUGUCAGGGAGCAGUGGAAAUCACAGAUCAGAUAGACUUCACUGACACUUGAACCUUUGGUGACUCGCUAGGACCUAAACCCUUGUUCCAUUUUAAUGUUUUCCCAUUCCAACACAAAUGCCCCUCUAGAAAGAGAUUUGCUUCUCAGUACAAGUGUUUACCUUAGAAGUCUUCUUGUCCUAGUAUAAAAGGAAGCAAGACAUUGAAAGUGGGCUGUAAUACUUGGUAGGUUACUUAAAGAGGGUUGUUUUUUGUUUUGUUUUUUUUACAAAAUAUCCCACUUACUGCCAAAUCUUUCAGUCCUCAAAGGCAUUUAAGUCUAACGGUCAUGCUUUAAACAGGACUUCAAAUUAUGCCACCAAAAUGGUGCAUUUCGCAGCUGUACCAGACUGCCACCACAUCAUAAAGCUAAUUUACAGUUUUUACAACAUUACUUGUGCAGUCUUACUGGUUUACAUUAAAAUCCUUUAAGCCGAAAGGAAGCUCACUCUGCAGAUUUAAAUGCAAACUUCAUUUACCGGUGCAGAGAGUCUCGUAAAACUCAGAUGUACUCCCACAAAAAUUUUAUUGGCCUUUUUGUAAGAGAUGAAUAGGAAUUGACACAAUUCUUUUUAAAGAGGGGAAAUUUUCUCUCUUUUUAUUAUUUUUAUCUCCAGCUGCAGGUGUUCUCCAGUGCCAUGGUCCCUAUGUUUUUCUUUCAGUUGACUUUGAGAGGGGUUAUUAAGUCAGAUGACGGAAACAGGGUUCUCUUUGGAUGAAAAGUUCUGGAAUGUAUUGCAUCUCUUUUCCUUGAGAAGAAUGUUCAACAUCACAAUUGAUAAGCAAAGGUGGAAUAUGAAAAUGGUAUACAGAUCUUCCUUGACUUAUGAUGGGGUCAUGUUCCCAUAAACCCAUCAUAAGUUGAAAAUAUCCUAAGUCGAAAAUACACUUACCAUGUCUAAUAUGCCCAACACCAGAGCUUAGCCUAGCCUAACUCAAACGUGCUCAGGCCACGGACAUGAGCCUCCAGUUGGGCAAAAUCAUCUAACACAAAGCCUAGUUUAUGAUGAAGUAUUGAAAAUCUCAUGUAAUGAUUCGAAUACUGUACUGAACGUGAACAACAGAACGGUUGCCAGUGUAUUGGUUUUUACCCUUGUGACGUUGUGCCUGAUGGUGGGGGAGGAGGGGCCGUGGCUGCCCCCUGCCCAGCCAGCGUCAUGAGAAGGUCAGCCCAGGUAUCGCUAGCCCAGGAAAAGAUCUAGAUUCAGAAUUGCUAGUACAGUUUCUCCUGAACGCCUGUCACCUUCGUACCAUCGUAACGUCAGAAAGUUGUCAGUCGAACCGCCCUAAGUCGGGGACCAUCUGUAAUUGGUUUAGAUCGUAUUCUCCACUUGCCAAACUUCUGGCAAAAUUGACUUGUGGAUUUCAAAAUGUUAGAAGACCUUUUCAUGUGCUUGUUUUUCCUUUCUGCCAUUUUCGCUGCAACUUCUUAGUCCUUCUGUAAAGGUGUGGAAUACUAACUAGCAGACGUGGGGAAGGUGACGUUCCCUCAGAGGUCUUUGUCCCAGAUCUGUGAAGGUCUCAGGAACCGGAAGGAGCUGGAAAACAUGCUUCUUAUGGUCCAUCGUGUGGCCCAUUUCCAUUACCUUUCCUCAUGAAACAUUGCAGAGUUCUGAAUCCUGGCACCUCCCAUUGACUGGACUAGGGGGUCACGUCCACAGCAAAUGGGAGAGCAAAUGUUGUCCUACAGGUAGUGACAAAAUGUUCUUAGCUCUUCGGUGUUAGCUGCCAUAGUGCUGUAUUUGAAAAAACAAUGCUUUAGCCAAAAGCUGAACGGCCACCCUCUUCCGCAGCUUCCACUGUUCUGUCUGCAUAGAAUUUUCCUGAACUCCAAGCAAAAAUGUAUUUUGUCAAAUGUCACAAAGUGAAAAUGUUGCUAAUCUUAGAUGUGUUACAUAUUUUGUGUUUUUACUCUCCAUACUCUUUCAGAAGCUGCAGUUAUAAAGCUGUUUGGCUGUAUUGACAGCAUGUGGUGUUCUUUGCAAAAGCAAUUCUAGGAGAGCCAGCGUCUAUCACGGACUCCUCACAUCCCCACUCCAGGGUCGUCAGCAAAAAGCGAGAAAAAAAAAAAAAAAGGCAAUUUGUGUGCUGUGUUUUUUCAAAAGAUAAAAAGGGGAUGGAAAUUAGACCUGGCCGUUAGUCACUAGUGUGUAGUACUGUGAUCUGAAGUAGGAAAUUUAACUCACAUAGAAUAAUUGUGGUGUUUGAAGCAGCUACUUUGCUUUUUUCCUUUUGCUGUGAAGAUCACGGAUUUUGGAAUGUCCUCACAAGGUGGGCCUAAGACGGUGACUGCGAGCUUCAUGUCUCAGUGCCACCCUCCAUCUGAACCCAAAGAUUAAAAAGGCAGUAAGCUUCAUGUUUAGGCCUAAGCUUAAGAAUAUCCUCCCCCCCACAACCCCUAAGACUGAGUUGGGCAGAGGCUACAUCCUCUUUUCCAAAAAGGUACAGCCUUGAAUUAUAAAAUGGAUCACGAAAUGUGGCAAUGUAACCCUCUGCAUGAGUGGAAAAGUGUGUCAAGUACUUUUACAAAAGGCAUGAUUAUGACAAAAAUGUCCUUUUGCCUCCAAUCUUGCUAACCCCAAAGAGUAUUUCACUAUUGCAAGCAUUAUUUACAUACAAAUUCCAAAACGGGAUAAAUUCUACAAGUCCCUUAAAAUUAAAGAGAUGCGGGAGGUAGAGAUUUAACUAUGGUUCUGUCGAAUCAUGGGAAGAUGAUAUUUUAAGGGAAUUUGUAAGCAGAAUAUCUUGCCUUAUGACACCCAUUACAAUCAGAAAUACAUCUAGUAAUUCCAAAAUCCUUCCGUUAGGAGCCCUGGUGAGACUGAAGUAAGAUCACCCCUUAGCAGGAAGCUCUGAUCUAAGCCUCAUCAGAGUGUAGCUUAAAAAUGUCAAUCAGAAACACUCUCUAUGGCCCAGCCUAGAUUAUGAAGGUCCUUCCCAUUCAACACGUCUCUAUAAGAAGGUGAAAAAAAAAAAAAAACAACAACUCAGUGUGCGAAUUUUCUGGUCAGGAAAACAAUUUUCUCCUUUUCCAAAUUGGAAUCAAGAUGGAUUUUAAAUUUCUCAUUCUUCAGACGUGUUUCUAAUUGGUACGCAUAAUUGAUACAGUCCGUGUCGCCCUAGAAAUAGCGUGAAUAUAAGCAGUUACAGGAAAACUGGCUUAUUCUCCUGACCCGAACUCAAAAGAUCUGAGUAAUUGUUUACCUCCAUUUCUGUGCGGAAGAAUUUUAAAACAGAUUUCAUUUUGUUCUGUUUAUUUUGGGAAGGUGCGUGGGGGGGGGUGGUUUUUUCGUGAUUCAUAUCUCCAACCCAUACCACUCUCGACUUUUAUUUGAUGUGUUCAAAGCCGGAAAAAAAGAAAAAAAAAAAAAAAGCAGAACUGAACACUUAAUUUGACAUGAAGCUGAAGGAGGGAGCAAGCCAGAGGAGAGUUUGAAUAAAGCAUGGCCUUGGCUUCAUACCACACUUUUUGUGCCUUGUAUUAUCAAUGUAAAUUCUGAAUGUUGUAUAGUAAAUACUUGGAUGGACUUCUUAGAAAAGGCUGCACUGGCUUCUUUUUCAGCACAUGUACAUAUCUAUAAAUAUAUAUACAUAUAUAUUUGGUAAUGCCAAACAGCUGUGUUAUAUUGUACUGAACAAAAUGGACCGUUUGGAUGUUUUAUGUAGAGUUUGCAAAAAAACAAAAAAAACCAAAAAAACAAAAAACAACAAAAAAACAAAACUGGAUGGUUACAGACUUUUCAAGAUAAAUGUACAGACGUAAAUUACUGCAUAUCAGUUAUUUAUGAAUAAAGAGUCUUUUAUUGACA